AUGACAAGUCCCGUACAGAAGAAGAGCUCGUCCAGCGGAAAUAAGACUAAAACGAUCAAAGUGUUGAUACUUGGACAAUCUGGCGUUGGAAAGACAGCCUUGGUUGUCCGCUUCAUAACGAGACGUUUUAUUGGAGAAUAUGCAAGCGUCGGUAAGUCAUUAUAUAGGAGGUCGCUCCAAGCAACAGCGAACUCUCAUCCUUACCAAUAUGCGUUCUAUUCAGAGCAGAACUACUCGUAUCUGGUAGAUGUAGAUGGCGAUAUUGUCAACUUUGAUAUUUUCGAUACGGCAGGAGGGGAGGUCGGCUCGAGUCUUCGCAUCCAGGAGAACAUCCGAUGGGCCGAUGCCUACGUUUUGGUUUACUCAACGACAGACUCUCAGAGCUUCGAGGAGUGCAUGAGAUUCAAAUUCCUCAUCAACCACUUCUCAACCAGAAAAUUCAAUUUAGGUGGUGGUGCAUUAGAACCAGUCGUGAUCCUUAUAGGGAACAAAUCAGACUUAGAAUACGACAGGAUGGUAUCGUAUGAGCAAGCAAAUAAACGCUCACAUGACUUAGCCUGUCUGAAAUUCUUCGAGAUGUCCGCCCGGGAAUCUGUGGACGACAUUAGAGAGGCUUUUAGAGAACUGUAUGUAAUUUAUCGGGCGCGGAAAGGGACAAGGACGGGGCUUUUCCGCUCAGCGUCAACUAGAUCACGGAAGACGUCUUCCCCAGAUGACUAUGGGAGGACCUCAAGUAAUGGCAGUCUUUCUAGCACGGAUGACGAGGGAUCAGGGUCGGAGAUGAUGGGGCCGCGGUCCAGGUUCGCGUCAGUUGGACGCAGGUUCGGAUGGAUGAUACCCACAUUCACAAGGCAGCGCUCGUCGGAUUCCUUUGGGAAAGGUUCUGAUGAGGAUAUUUUUAAAAACAGCAAGCUUUAAACAAA